AUGGCCUGGCCUCAAAUAGAACCAAGUACACCACAUCUGACGUUCCUCCUGCUGUCAUUUUUCCUGAUCCUCUAUGCCUUAUUCUCGGAACUGAUCCGCAAUCGACUUCAUCUUUCUGAGCCACCCCUGGCAACUCUCACCGGCGUUGUCUUUGGUCCUUAUGGCGCCACGGUGCUCGACCCCAUCGAUAGAUGGGGUUGGGAAGACAACAUUACCCAGGAACUCGCCAGAGUCGUUACCGGGGUCCAGUGUUUCGCGGUGGGCAUUGACCUACCGGCAGCUUAUGUGAAGCGACACUGGAGAAGUCUCGGCCUCCUCCUUGGGCCGAACAUGAUAGCGGGAUGGGUCAUCUCAUCAGCAACCGUCUGCUUUGUCCUCAAUACCACCUGGCUUACCGCUUUGAUUGUGGGAGCCUGUCUUACUCCAACAGAUCCCGUCCUUUCAGCCAGCGUCAUUGGUGAAGCAAGAUUUUCUCAAAGAAUUCCGAGGCGGGUCCGCCAUCUGCUUGCUGCCGAGUCAGGCUGUAACGAUGGGACCUCUUUUCCCUUGCUCUAUGCAGCGCUGUAUGCUGUCAUGUCGAGUUCCGCCGCACACGGUAUCCGCUUGUGGUUAACGGACCUCCUGGUAUGGCAAUGCCUCGCAGGCAUAGUCAUCGGGAUCGUGGUGGGCCUGGUCGCCAACAAAAUGCUUAGAUUCAGCGAGUCCAAAGGCUAUGUGCAGGAGUCGACGCUAUUCGUUUUUUACUUCCUCCUUGCGGUAUUCUGUGUUGGCGUGGGAAGCACUCUGGGACUGGAUGACUUUCUGGUAUGCUUCAGUGCAGGAGCGGCAUUCUGUUGGGACGGUUGGUUUUCAGUACGAACUGCCAAUAUGAAACUACCCAGCAUCCUCGAUCUGUUACUGAACUCCACGAUGUUUGUCUACUUUGGGUCCAUCAUACCCUGGCGUCACUACAAGGACAACCUUGCACCUGGAAGAAUGUUUCUUUGUGUGGUGAUUAUACUUCUGCUGAGGCGACUACCCACGAUUCUGGCAUUGAAGAGAUUGCUCCCAGAUGUUCGCACGUAUCACGAGGCCAUGUUCAUCGGGCACUUUGGGCCUGUCGGAGUUGGGGCAUUGUUCCUUGCGAUUGAAUCCAGGGCCCGGCUUGAGACUGGCACAUCGGGGCCUCUACCGCACCCACCUAAACACCCAUCUCAUCAAGAAGCCCUGGAGACCGUCUGGCCUGUGGUUUGCUUUGUGGUACUAUCUUCCAUUAUGGUGCACGGCUUUUCACCCUUUGUCAUGAGCAUUGCCGGCCAUUUCUCAAGACCUCCCAAGGAAAGAGCACCACUCCUUGGGGCCGAGGAAGAGAGACUGUAUGGGAUGGCCACAGAGAAUGGGUCAAUCGACUCGGUGGAUGAGCAGUCUGGCGCGGAAGACGUGUGA